AUGACACAUGUAACUUACAAUAUUUCCAACAUACUUUCUGCCUACACAAAACAUUGCAAUAUUAAUGAUGAAUCAUAUGCAUGGCUACAGUCACGAAUCAAUGAUUUAACUUCUGAUUAUAAAGACAGACUGGCCGUCCAAAUUCCACCUACUCGUUCAAAACGAGACCUACUCAGCAAUAUAGCCGGCUUGUUUGGAUCAAUUAAUUCAGCGGCCAACACCUAUAAAAUAACCAAACAGUCCCAAUUCUCCACAUGGUUGACAGAUCAGAUGGCCACUGGUUUUCAACACAUCACAAAUAGCAAUGAUAACAUUAUCAAAGCGGUUCGUUCCGAGGCUCAGGCACUUCUGACAGUCAGCCAUACGCUGUUCAAUCAGACCCGUACCAUCGAACGCGACUUAGCCUGCAGAUCAUAUGCACAAGAUUUGUUCACUGCCACAAGACAGGAAAUUUUAGAUCUUCGUCUUCACAAGACACCGAGACAUGUGUUGAAUGAUUUAAUUGAAGUUUUAGAUUUACAUAGAUGGUUCUCUUCAGAAAAAAUGAAAAAUGUCAAAUAUUCAGAACUUUUAUCUACUAUUAUGAUGUACACUGGAAAUGAAUGUAUUGGUUGUAUUGGAUUUUUUGCUACUUUUCCUUUAAUCCACCCAGAUCAAGUUUAUCCAAAUUCCACCACUAUUCGUUCCAUUGGCAUGGUAGUCAAAGAUCAGGUAAUUAAAUGGGAUCACCUCACUGGAUACAUGACUUUGAAGGGUACUGAGACCUUAUUUACCAGUCGCACCUGUUGUCAUGAAACUCACAAUUAUGUUGUAUGUACAUGUAACACACUACAGCCUUUUUCCUCCAAUGAUAGCAAACUCAUAAAUGUUGAAUCGUUGCAUGGCCAUUCAAAUGCUAUUCAGGUGUCUCAUACGCAGUGGUGCGUCAUCAGUGAGAUGAACUCGUUCACGUAUGGAGGACUGACCUGUCCUGCUAAUCACUCCUUCUGCUUGGAGGUGACAGAGGACUUUACUAUGGGGCAGAUCGACAUCCUCGGAAGGAUGCCAACGGACGUAGAUGUUUCUCCAUGGUGGGACGACACUUUUUAUGAACACGGAACACAAGCCCUGGUCGACACGAUGGAGCUGGUACAGAACGUUAUCCUCCAAACAGAGUACCAUCUAUCUCAGGCGCAAGUGGAGACGAACUUGGCGCGAAAGACUGCACAGAUUCUGUCUAGCUCAUCUACCAGAUCGGCACAGACUGCAUACACCUGGUGGGACUGGGUACUUCGAGGUUGUGCGGUUGGAAGCGCACUCAUCUUCACCUUCACAGUAUUCCAAUGUUGCUACUUCCGACAUCUCAUCAGAUCGGUAAAAACAUCUACCAACACUAUCUUGACUCUCAGCUCAUUGAAGUUGCCCACCUUACAAAGACUGAAGUGA